GAGGUAGAUAUUACACGCACACAUAAACGUAUCUCCGUUUUCUUGAGUCUGAAUAGAAGGCUCUCUGGUGUAACAUGCAGGGUGAUUCUAAUAGGAUAAGCCUAUUUUGAGUGUGGAUUUGGAGAACAUUAAUCUCAUGGCGUCAGCACAAGGUCUGACUGGGUAGAGAUCUUGGAGCCCCGCUCGAAGGAGCGCAUGUACGUCAACCUGCUGACUGGCGAAUGCGGGUGGGAACUGCCGCCCGGCGUCCCUGUCCGACAAUCGGACGGCAACCAGUGGUGGGAGCUUUUCGACGGCAAUAACAAUCGCUUUUACUAUUACAACUGUACAAGUCAGCAGACGGUCUGGCACAGGCCUCAGGGCAGCGACGUAGUGCCUCUCGCUCAACUCCAAGCCAUGAAGAGGAGCUCUGAGGCGGAGAUGAGGGGUCAAGGAAGGAUCCAGAGGGGUCCACAAACGGAUGGCAGGCGGACCCCCCUGCUUGGAAUGGUCUUACCCACAAUCCCCUUAUCUCAGGAGAUGGAGAGUGGGAGGGAGACACCAUCGUCUAAAGGAAAAGGGGACAGCCUGGAGAGAAGCAACCUGGGAAAAGGGGACCCUGCUCAAAGAUGGCAGCCUGCUCCGGGAUCCAAGGCGGCCAUGUUGGUGAAAGUAAACAGCAUUGGUAGAAACCAGUCGCUGGGUCCUGCUACUGCUCACCACCUCCUCCACUUCAGCCCUACUAGCCCAAGUGCCGGUACUAUUUCCCCCAAACCAGGUUACACACAUCAACCCAACAGAACCGGUUUGCUUAAGAUGGCUGUCCCUGGAGACUCAAAACAAGGUUACCACAUUAAAAAAGCAGAAAAUACCAACUUCUGUCUGGUUCUGCCAACUUCCAGCUCUUACCCUGCCCAGCAACGUUCUGGAGCAGUUACACCUCGCCCUUCCUCCCCUCAGUAUGGAGCCACACCCUCGGCACCCAUCUACGAUGAACCCCCUCUCAUGGAUCCCCCCAUUUAUGAUGAACCCCCAUUGGAAAUGGAAGUAGAGGGGGGGCACCACUUAAACCGAGGUCCCUACUCAACCAGUCACGGCUCUCACCGAGUUGCCCAGCCUCCUAAACUUCUCCAGUUCCCUCAAUCUAAACACAUAUCCAGCUCCUCAGCCAACGAGUAUAGUCCGGCGGGUCGAGAGUGCAUUAAACACAUGGUGAACGUCGAUCUGACAACGUCCACCUCCAAGCACCAGCCCCAGAUCUCUAAUGCCAGCGAGAGCACUCCAAACCCUACCAGCCCUCAAAUUCAACCCUAUUCUCCCAUCCCGGCCCAGCUUAAAAAGGAAGUCUCUUUGGAGAAGAAACAGUCAUGGAGGCUUUUAGAGCCUCGCCAUAGCCGUCAAAGCAGCUUGGCCUCUCAGGAAUUCCCCGGCCCUGCUGCUGUCACGUAUCAGGACUCCGGAUACUCUACCGGGCCGUCCCCAAGUUUGCGGAGGAAAAACAGGCGACGUGCAACUAUGGGCACAGGGUCGGGAAGACCUGGGUCCAUUGGCAGCAGUGGGGAGUUGAGUGCAUUGAAUGAGAAAUUAAUGGCAGAAAUGAGGGCCGUGGUGAAUCGUUCCAAUACGCUUCAUGGAAGCAAGGCCAGUCUGGACACUGAGAUGGGCUCGGAGGCUUCUGGGAGUACCGCACGCUCCCCUUUGAGUUCAUUAAAGUUGGGUGCAAGGGGUGGUGGAGCGCUGGGAUCGAGGGAGGAUGUGACAUCAAGUAACAGAUCGCUAUAUAGGAGCGGGGGUAACAACCAUGGUGACGUAAUGUUCUCGCCGUUGGUUACGGACAUGCAGGGGGGGCGGCAGAAGAGGACGUAUGAGAAAGUGGAUUCUCUGGAGAAGAGUGCAACAUCACAGACCAGUUUAUCCUCUCCAGAGCCGCCGAGGUCACCAUCACAGACAGGAACACUGGAAUCCAAACCUCAACAGAGCGGCUCGUCCCAAGACUGCAAGCAUGACAGAUCGGGUCACGAGACGCCCCGCGUCACUCGUAAAAACAACAACAACGGGCCUGGCGUGGGUUCCGGUUACCAGUACCCGUACACCACCCUCUGUAAGCCUCCGCUUGAUGCCAACAUGGAGGACUGGGCCAGCAAGAACCUCAACCAGCACACGCAGGGUCUGUUUCGCCGACGGGUCUCCAUCGCUAACAUGCUAUCGUGGAACCGCGGUUCCAUCAAGAAACCCAUGCUGAUCACCAGCGACAGAGCUGUGAAGAAGGAGGCCUGCGAGAUGUUUAAACUGGUCCAGGCGUAUAUGAGAGACAGGCCGGCUAGGUUGGACAGAAGGCACGCUGCCCUCCAGGUGGUGACCAAGUGCUGGGGAAUGCAGGGCCUGAGGGACGAGCUGUACGUGCAGCUGGUGCGACAAACCACCGAUAACAUGAGUCUGAAGAGUCUGGAGGCCGGCUGGGAGCUGAUGGCCAUCAGCCUAGCGUUCUUCUCACCAUCGCCCAAAUUUAGACGCUACUUGGAAGGUUACAUCCAGAGACACCUCGAACCCAGUAAUGAUAAGAAAAUCCUUCAACAUAUCCUGGAACAUCGGGACAUUAAAAACCAUAGAAUUCCAAAGAAUUCAAAGUCCAGGAAGAAGAGGAAACAGAACAAUGAGGAAGAGGAAGAGCAGGGUCUUCCCAUCAGCACUUAUGCUAAGUACUGCUACCGUAAGCUGCAGAAAGUGGCCAUCACUGGAGGCAAAAAGGGUUUGAGAAAGCCAACUUUGGAAGAGAUUGAUCACGGACGGAACGCCAUCGUGACCCCUUCUCUGUUCGGCAGCGCUCUGGAGGAGAUCAUGGAGAGGCAGAGCGGGCUCUUUCCGGACCGAAAACUGCCCUGGGUGCAGGUGCAGCUCUCUCAGUACGUACUGGCCCUGGGCGGAGCUCAAACCGAGGGCAUCUUCAGAGUACCAGGGGACAUUGAUGAGGUAAACGCUCUCAAGCUACAGGUGGACCAGUGGAAAAUUCCAGAAAAUCUUUCGGAUCCCAACGUCCCAGCAUCUCUGUUGAAGUUGUGGUACAGAGAGCUGGAGGAGCCUUUGAUUCCUCAGAGCUUCUAUAAACAGUGCAUCAGUCAUUAUGAAGAUCCUGAUGCAGCCAUCAGUGUGGUUCAGUCUCUCCCUGAGCUCAACAGACUGGUGCUCUGCUACUUCAUCAACUUCUUACAGGUCUUCGCCCAGCCAGUGAAUGUUAGUAGGACUAAGAUGGAUGUGAAUAAUUUGGCCAUGGUGAUGGCACCCAACUGCCUGCGCUGUCAGUCUGAUGAUCCUCGAAUCAUCUUUGAGAACACGAGGAAAGAGAUGUCCUUUCUUCGCUUGCUCAUUGUCCACCUGGACACCAGCUUCAUCAAGGGUUUAAUCUGACCUCUCAGCGUCCACAGUCAUAUAUUAUCGGGAUGAUGGGAAUCGAAAUCCACUCAGAGAAUCAUUUUCUUGUGGAAUAUCAGCACCUCCAGACUUGUCUAAAUGUGAAUUAUCCUUU